CAGCACCAUAAGUUUUUACGGAGGUGUAAUUACCGAUCAUGAAUGCCAUGUCUGCAUGUGAAGAGAGUAUAUUUGAAAAUUUAAGUUGAAGAAUAGUAGGCUCGAGUACAAAACUGAUUUCAGACGGUAGGUGAUUAAGAGAGUACGGGUGAGAGGCAUCAUCACAUUUAUGACAUUGGAGAAAGGUAGAGAAAGGGGAGAAGAAAUGAAAGUGUGAAGUUCAAUUCCAUUUGUCUCGGAACAUCCUCGGUUACUAACGAAUACCUCGCUUCAACACCCAAUGAUUUUUGGUCCACACAAUCCCCACCAAUAUCUUCAACCCCUCCAUCACAUGAGAGGUAUAUACAUUGAAUGCACAAAAUGUCUCUACCCCAAUCUUUCAUCAGCAAGAAAAAGCUGAUAUUAAGCAAACUUGCUGUUCCUACAGAAGAAUAUGAUGAUCUAUCACCCAAAGGUUCCGUUGAUGAAGGCAUCCGAGAAUUAAUCGACGAGAUUAAUUCUUUCGAUGGUUGUUGCACAACUAGUAGUUGCGCUGGGCGAGUGAGCGUAUUCCUUGAAGGGAAGAAGAGCUCUGAUGACUUCCGAAGUGCGGUGCAGGAUGAAGCUGGUAUUGAUGGUAUUCCGGACGUGAGGGCUGAGAAGGGUGCUGGAUUUGGGGGAAAAGGAGGAGGUGGGAGAUGGCUAUAUGUUUCUCAUGAUCGCAUUAGUGUUGGGGAAUUAAGCAGGCUAGAAGAUGAGGGGACACUUUGUGAGUUGCUGGGUAUGAAGAUUAAUGAGGGGAACAUCACGAAUUCCAUUCCUGAGAACAAGAAGAGAGAUGUAAGGCAUAUACAUUUUAAAUUUGAGCCGAUGGUAUGUAUGCACUGUCAUGUUUUCACAAAAUUUAAAUACUGAUGAUUGACUAGAUUUUACACGUUCUCACAGCAUCAAUAGAUCAAGCGCAAAAAGUGCUGUCAGCUGCAUUGCAAGCCGGCUUUCGGGAAAGUGGUGCAUUGAACCUAAUAUCCAUCACCUCAGAACCAGCAACUCCCAUGGUAGGAAUAAGAUGUAUGGGAUUGACUCUCGAAUCAUUAGUUGGUGUGUUUCACGAAACAAUUGACCAAGGAGUUUGCGUCGUCGAUAAUGGACAACUUGGCACAUUGAUGAGGAUUUCGAAUGAGAGAUUCGAAGAGAAUAGGAAAAGGAUUGCGAGGUUUAGAUUAUUACUCAAAGAGGCAAUGAAUCCCAUGGAGAAGAAGAAGGUGGGAGAGAAUGGCGAGGAUUGGGAGGAUUCUCAAGCUAGGAAGGCGCGAAAACGUGCAGAAGGUUUGAGGAGAGCUCAAGAAUUGAAGGAAGCGAAAGAGAGGAGUGAGGAAAUAGAGAAUCAGGACUCGGAGGAGCUUCCACCGGGAACCACAGCUGCUCCUGUGGAUUAUAGUGAUAUCAAAACCUGAUGCAUUUGACACUCCACAUCAUCUCGAUCUUGUAACCAAACUUCCAGCCAUGGAUUCUUUUUGUUAAGACGUAUUCUGUACACGGUGGAUCCGUAGACACCUUCAUUCAUUUCUUCCCAUCAUUUAGCCCCCCGUAUGAUAAUCCUUCUCCCCUCCCAUGUGGACGUUUCCCCAGCUUAUCUCACGACCCCCUCCACCCACUUAGCCUCCAACCUCCUCACCUCCCGUCUGAAAGCCUCCACUUCCUUGUAACAAUCCAAUGGCCUCCUGUCAUUCUCUCUCAAACACCUAACCACCUCAGUCUUUGCCUUUUCAACCUCCUCAUCCAAC